AUGGCGUCCAACGUUAUUCCCACCGACACACUCGGCAAGACGUCACCAUCAACAGAUUCGACGCGACGCGUCGCGCAGUUGACAGAGCAUCUCGCGCCUGUAAGCGAGACAGAACGAGUCAGCACUCAUCCAACUCUACCCAUCGGAUAUCCUGUCUCGCGACUGCGAUUGGACUCCAGCCACCACAUAGAUGACAUUCGACCGCUGAAGGUAGCCGUCAUUGGCGCUGGCCUGGCGGGUAUCAAUGCUGGCAUCCUGCUCCCGGCCAAGGUACCAGGUAUUCAACUCACGAUCUUCGAGAAGAACAACGACGUAAGUGGCACUUGGCUAGAGAAUCAAUACCCUGGCGUUCGUUGUGACAUACCAGCACACGUCUACCAGAGCACGUUCUCGCCCAACACUCAAUGGUCAGAGAUUUUUGCCAAGGGUGCUGAAAUCAGAGACUACUGGCAAGCAACAGCUAGAAAGCACGACGUUUACAAAUACGUCAGGUUACGACAUCGUGUUGAUGAUGCUUCAUGGGAUGACGGAAAGUCUAAAUGGAAUUUGGAAGUCCACAACUUGAUCGACAACACUACCACGAACGAAGACUUUGACUUCGUGAUUACAGCGAUCGGGCGAUUCAACGCCUGGAAAUUGCCAGACUACCCAGGUCUUGAUAGCUAUAAAGGGCAUCUGCGGCACACCUCUAACUGGGACCCAACCUUCGAUCCCACUGACAAGAAAGUCGCGGUCAUCGGCAACGGAGCCAGUGGGCUACAGAUAGUACCGCACCUGCAGCGAGUGGCGAAUCACGUCACCCACCUGGUUCGUAAUCCCACUUGGAUUGCCACGUCUUGGGCUGGCGAUGAGAGAACUUUUGAGCCUCAGCCGUACCCACCGGAUCAACUGGAGUCAUUUAAGGAUCCGGAUACGUACCUCAGAUUCCGUAAAGACAUUGAAGAGAGAUAUUGGCGGCACUUCCGUGCUAUGGUACGAGGGUCUGAGGAGAACGAAGGCAUUCGCGAGACGUUCAUCGAGGUGAUGAAAGCGCGAGCUGCAAAGAAGCCAGAACUGCUCGAUGGCUUGAUUCCUGAAUUCGCGCCACACUGCCGAAGACUGACUCCAGGACCUGGCUACCUUGAGUCGCUUACCGAGGAGAAUGCAGAGCUGGUCAAGACGCCCAUCAAGCGAUUUACACCCACUGGCAUCGAGACGGUCGACGGCAAAAAUUACGACUUCGAUGCUAUUUUCUGUGCUACUGGUGCCAAUACCGAUCUUGUACCACCCUUUCCCAUCAAGGCGCGCGGAGUUGAUCUAAGCAGAGCUUGGAAGCCGGAUGGAGAGUUUGGCUUUCCAUACACAUACUUGGGAGCUGCAACACCGGGCUUUCCGAAUCUAUUCUUCCUCGCGGGACCGCAUGCAACUGGUCCAUCUGGUACCGUACCACAAGCUGUAGAGACAACGAUCACAUUUUUCGCAAAGGUUCUGCGAAAGGUCUCCUCACAAGGCAUCAAGUCAAUCACUCCAUCGAAAGAGGCCGCGGAUGAUUUCGUGGACUACUGCGAUGCUUUCUUUCCAAGUGUGGUCUUGACAGACAAUUGCUCCUCCUGGAACAACGGUGGACUUCCAGGACAGAGAAUUCACGGCCUGUGGCCGGGUUCUGCUGCUGCGCUUACGCUUGUGCGGCGCGACCCCCGUUGGGAAGACUGGGAAUAUGAACACUUCAACAAGCAGAACAGGUUCGCAUACUUUGGCAACGGAUACACCAGGGGAGAGAUCGAUGAGACCUCUGAUCUUGUGUCAUAUCUCAGAGCGCCUGGCCAAGAGCCGGAAUUGAAGGACGUGCAUGAGAGUUGGUGGGAUCUCCCUGGGGCAGUCAAGAAGUCGGCUUAA